GUAUGGUCAAUGCUAGUUACAUUCAAGAUCAACAAAAUGAUAAGAUCAUUAAGAUGCCUGGGCUGUCCCAAAAUGUCAACUUCUCCCAAUAUUCCGGUUACGUCACCGUCGACUCUCGAGCCGGUCGGGCCCUCUUUUAUUGGUUUGUCGAGGCCCAUGAGACAGCUCAACCCGAAUCAAGACCGAUUGUUCUUUGGCUCAACGGUGGGCCAGGCUGUUCUUCGAUCGCUUACGGAGCGUCCGAGGAAGUUGGGCCUUUUCGGGCCCAACCCGAUGGUCGAACACUUCAUUUGAAUCCGUAUGCUUGGAACAAAGCGGCAAAUCUGCUCUUCCUGGAUUCACCUGCUGGUGUUGGAUUUUCCUAUUCUAAUACCUCAUCAGAUUCAUCAGUUGGUGACAAGAGGACAGCUAAAGAUGCUUAUAAAUUUCUAGUAAAAUGGCUUGAGAGAUUUCCCCAAUACAAGCAUAGGCCUUUCUACAUUAGUGGAGAAAGCUAUGCAGGUCAUUAUAUUCCAGAAUUAUCUCGAGUAAUAGUAUGGAGAAACAAAGGCGCGAAGCAUCCCGAAAUUAAUUUUAAAGGUUUUUUGUUGGGUAACCCGCUAAUAGAUAAUUACUGGGACAAUGUUGGAACACACGAGUACUGGUGGAAUCAUGGACUGAUAUCCGAUUCAACCUACAAGCAACUCAGCAAGUACUGUCCGCAUGACUCGUUCUUGUUCCCCAGAAAUGGAUGUAACUCGGCCUUGACUCAGGCUUACUCCGAGUUCGGAAACAUUGACCCUUACGACAUUUAUGGGGAUCCCUGUAAUUUGCCCAAGCAAAAUUUAAACCAUUCCCUGCCAUGGAAAUUCAGAGGACACGAUGAGUGUGUGGUGAAUUACACGAGAAAAUACAUGAACAACCCAGAUGUUCAGAAGGCUCUCCAUGCAAACCUUACUGGGAUUCCACGUCCUUGGCUUACUUGCAGUUCUGUUAUUAGAGGAACUGGGACUGAUUCCCCAAAGUCAAUGCUUCCUGUCUUCAAAGAACUUAUAGCAGCUGGUAUUAGAAUCUGGUAUUCAUGGUGUACAAACGCUGUUUUGCCACUGACUGAAACUCGGUACUCCCUUAAAGCUCUCGAGCUCAAGACUGUUACCAGUUGGCAUGCUUGGUAUGACAACCAUGGACAGGUUGGUGGGUGGAGUGAAGUAUACAAAGGACUGACUUAUGUGAUAGUAAGAGGAGCAGGACAUGAGGUUCCAUUGAGUCAACCUCGGCUUGCCCUAAUAUUAUUCAGCCACUUUUUGAAGAACCAGACAUUACCAGCUUCUCCUUCAAAUUGA